CUCUUAACUAUUGAUGAUAACUUCUGUGGCCUGGAUAUGAAUGCACCCCUGGGCGUGUCCGAGAUGGUCCGUGGCAUCCCUGUCUUCACGGAGGACAGAGACCGCAUGACUUCUGUCAUUGCGUAUGUCUACAAGAACCACUCCCUGGCCUUCGUGGGCACCAAAAGUGGCAAGCUGAAAAAGGCAUUUGCUCAAGAUGGUCAAGGGGAGACGUUCCCUGCACAUCUAGAAGGCUGUGCUCACUCUUCCAUCCUACUGUGUCGCAGCCCUUUUCAGCAAUUAUUUCUUUCUUUAAAUGGUACAGCCCUGUGGAACAGGCAGUGGGUCUGGGCUGUGAGAGUGCGGAGGUGAGAGGCGGGGAGCAGGGUGUGUGUGAGCUGGGGGAUGAGUGUACAGUAGUUAGUGGGUCAUAUCUGGAAGGGAAAACAGUGUUGGUGAAACGCUAUGUGCGCUGCAAGGAGGACGCAGGCAAAGCACCACGCAU